AUUAGCAAACAAAGCAAUAAACUUGGCACUAUGGCUUCCACCAACUUUGCUCGAUGCUGUUUCGUUGGAAUCCUAUGCAUUUCUGUACUUCUUCUCAGCUCAGGCCAUGCAGUUGUAGAUGAAAUACCUGCAGAAGUUCCUGCAGGGGGAACUUUGCUUAAUGUAGGGUCUUGCUCAAAGUUUGCUGACUGCAACAAGUAUUGCCAAGAGAAUUACAGUCGUAUAUUGGGUGGGUUUUGCAAAGAGCUUUCUCCUGGGGGAGAAAGCUUUUGCUUGUGUAAAGUGUAAACUUUGAGAUAGUGCAUGUCAUAUCUAGGGUUGGGUCAUUUCUCUCAACCCAGAUAAUUAAAUAAAGAGUUGCAGGACUGA